CAAAUACCCUCAAUCUCUCCUUCUACUUCGAAUCACAAAAAACAAAAAAAAUCUUAUCUCUCUCUCUCUCUCUCUCUCAUCUGCAAGCUUGAGCAGAAGAAAAUAGAAGUUCACAACCUCAAGUGAGUCAGAAGAGAAACUUCAAAGCGGACAAAGGUGAAUAUAUAUAUACUCUUGCCAAAAAAAAAGAAAAGGUGAAUAUAUAUCAAAAUGGAGGAUGGGAUCAGAGAAAGUUUACUUCACUCAAAAAGGAAAAAUAGAAGUGAAUUAAAGGAGAAGACUUGGGAAGAAGUAAAGAAGAUGUGGAGGAUUGCAGCACCAACCAUUAUUACUAGGGUUUCAGGGUUUGGAAUCCUAGUGGUUACACAAGCAUACAUGGGACGCAUUGGAGAAAUAGAACUUGCUUCUUUUGCUAUAGUCCAAAGUAUCAUCAUGAGAUUUGUUGAUGGAAUAUUAUUAGGUGUGGGUAGUUCCCUCCCAACUGUAUGUGGCCAAGCAUUUGGAGCAGGAAAAUAUCAUAUGAUGGGCAUCUACCUGCAACAAUCAUGGAUUAUUCUUCUCACUGCUUCAAUCUUUAUGAUUCCUGCUUUCAUCUUUGCAACUCCAAUUCUGAGGUUUAUAGGUGAAGUAGAGGAGUUAUCAAAGCAAGCAGGAAAAUUGAGUAUAUGGUUCCUUCCUCUUUUUUUCUACCAAUUGCUUGCCAUAACCACACAAACAUUUUUACAAGCUCAACACAAGAUCAUGAUCGUUGGAUGGGCAUCUGCUUUCUCAUUUGUAUUCAGUAUGAUUUUUUCUUGGUUAAUGGUUGACAAGUUAAAAUGGGGAGUCCCAGGUGCCAUGGGUUCCAUGAACUUGUCAUUUGUAUUGAUCCUUUUCACACAAAUCAUCUAUAUCUUUGGAGGAUGGUGUAAAGAUUCUUGGAAGGGUUUCUCUAAAAAGGCCUUCAAUGAACUUUGGCCAUUUCUGAAGCUUUCCAUAUCUUCAGGUGUAAUGCUUUGCUUUGAGUUCUGGAAUGGUGCAGUACUGGUUUUACUGGUAGGCAACAUGAAAAAUGCCAAAAUUGCUGUAUCAGCCUUCUCCAUUUGCCUCAACAUCAAUGCUUGGGUAUAUAUGGUAUCCCUUGGAUUCUUAAGUGCAGCAAGUGUGCGAGUUGCCAAUGAACUGGGGAGAGGAGAUCCGAAGGCAGCAAAAUUUUCCAUUAAAGUGAACUUAAGUAUUUCAAUUACUGUAGGUGUCAUCUUUUGCAUUCUAGCUUUGGUUUUUGGAAAAUCUAUUUCUUUUCUAUUCACAAGUAGCACUGAAGUGGCAAAAGAGGUGGCAAGCCUCUCAGUCCUACUGGCUUCAAUUAUCUUGCUUAAUAGUGUUCAAGCUGCACUUUCAGGGGUAGCCAUUGGUUGUGGUCGGCAAAGCUUGGCGGCUUGUGUGAAUAUUUUUUGCUAUUAUGCAAUCGGAUUUCCCUUUGGAAUAUUUCUUUGUUAUGUGCUCAAUCUCCAAGUUAGGGGUAUAUGGGCUGGGAUGAUAUGUGGGACCGCAGCACAGACCCUAUUACUCAUUUACAUCACAUGGAGAACUGACUGGGAUACUCAGGUUGGCAAGGCAAUGGCACGUCUCAACAGUUCGAUUUUCCAAUCUUCCGAAGAGCUCUCCAGUGAUGACACAUCUCAUGCUUAGGAGAAAUUUAUGAGAUCCAAUGCCCUUAAAUUUAUGGCCAGCCAAGUUAAUUGCAUAUUAACCAAAAAUCCUCACAAAUAUUUGAAAGCAGUUUAGGGAAAACAUGGAUUCAGGGCAAAUUGUAAUAUUUUAUCAUAUGGUGGAAAUUUCUUAUUAACAACUUGUAAAAUAUCACACAUUUUGUAAUCUUAUUUUUUUACCUCUUUGUAUAAUUCACUUUUUUC